AUGUUGCAACCCGUUCCCAAUGGCCUUGCAAACAGCGCCAUCACCGGCCCAGCCAGCACCCACACCGUCACGAUGCUGAAGCGAUGGUCUUGCCAGGACAAAGAGCUGCCCAGCGUUCAGCAAAUCAAGAGCAUCCACGUCUACGACUUCGACAACACCCUCUUUGCGAGCCCCCUCCCGAAUAAGCAAGUGUGGAAUGGCCCGACCAUCGGCCAGCUUCAGUCGCCUGAUGUCUUCGUGAAUGGCGGGUGGUGGCACGACGCCAGCAUCCUGGCCGCUACGGGCGACGGCGUAGAGAAGGAGGAGCCGAGGGCUUGGGAAGGGUGGUGGAACGAGCAGAUCGCCACCCUGGUCGAGCUCUCCAUGGAACAGAAGGACGCUCUUACCGUCCUACUAACCGGCCGUUCAGAGGCGCCCUUUGCCGACCUGAUCAAGCGCAUUCUGAAGGCCAAGAAGUUGGACUUCGAUAUGGUUUGCCUCAAGCCUGCCGUUGGUCCGCUAAACCAAAAGUUCGCAAGCACUAUGGCGUUCAAGCAGGAGUUCCUCGGGGACCUCGUCCACACGUACAAGGAUGCUGACGAAAUUCGCGUCUAUGAGGACCGGCCCAAGCACACCAAAGCCUUUCGCGACUUCUUUACCACUUUCAACAAGACUCUGCUCUCCCCAGAUUCGCCUGUUGCACGUAAGACCAUUACGGCAGAGGUCAUCCAGGUUGCUGAAAACACAACAUCGCUCAAUCCCGUCACCGAGGUGGCCGAAGUUCAACGUUUAAUCAACGCGCAUAAUACCCUGGUCAAAUCCCGUCAGGCACCGAAUGGCAUAAAGCCAUAUCAAAUCAAGCGGACCGUUUUCUUCACUGGAUAUCUGCUCGAACCUCCCGUCACGGAGCAGCUCACUGCUGCUCUUCUUGACGGCAUACCGAACAAGCCCGACGGGGACGUCCGAAUUCUGGCCAACAGUAUCUUGAUUACCCCUCGUCCUGCGCCAAAGAGCAUUCUCGAUAAGGUUGGUGGUAUUGGCAAGGUCCAGCGUUGGCGUGUCAACGGCUUUGCACUCUUUGAAAACCGAUUGUGGGCUGCCCGCGUGGCCCCCGUUCCUGCCAACUCUCGAAUUUACACGGAGAAUCCUACGCCCACCAUCGUGCUCGCCUUGGGCCGUGGUGCGAAGCCAGUGGAUGCUGGCCGCAUCCAGAACUGGCAACCUGUGUCGGAUGAUAGGGCAUUGGAGUUUGACAGCACUGUUGGCGAGAAGGUUCUCUUAAGACUGGAAGACGAACGCCGCGGCGAAAGCGAGUACGAGUCGUAUUUCCCAGGGAAUCGCAAGCGCGCCAGACCGCGCGAUGAUGGCAUAGCGCCCGACACCCAAGACAAAAACGCUUUCCCGGCUUUGGGCAAUGGCCCUCGUCCGCAACCGCCUUCCCAGCCUGCUGCGUACAAUAACUACAACCAUUCCGGAGGUCAACACACUCAAUCUGCAUACGCCGCCUACAAUCGCGACGAAAACAAGCGACCUCCUGGAAACGGGUCCCAGCAAUUUCGUGGCGGUUAUCAAGGCAGGGGUCGGGGUGGUCCCUAUGGUGGUCGUGGUGGAAGGGGCGGUCGUGGAGGCUAUAAUGUCGGCAGAGGUGGCAGAGCUCGUCCCGGUCAAAGCCACUACAAAAGUCUUGACGACAUGAGCGAUAAGGGACCGGGCGGGGUCGGCUACGAUGAUGGAGGCUAUCCCUACUAG